UCCAUGAUUUCGACAAUUUGGCAGACACUUUUUGUCUCAGUGGGAAGAAACUGAACAAAAUCUCCCACGCGCGCUGGAAUGCACAGGUUCCUCGCGCCAAACUUGAGCCUAUUGUAUCAAACCUCAGACCCUCGUCCUCCCUCUCCUUUAUAAACGGUUUAUAAUCCGCCGGCGUGACAUAUUCUAAGCAGAAGCACCGGCCAUCAUCACCAUCACCUGUCGGCAUGAGUGAGGAAGAGCAGAGUAACGGCUCGCUGUCUGUCACGAAGCCGUCCCGCAUGCCCAAGUGCUCGCGCUGCAGGAACCAUGGCUUCGUGUCGCCGCUGAAGGGCCACAAACGCUUCUGCAACUGGAGGGACUGCCAGUGUCAGAAAUGCCGGCUGAUCGCUGAACGACAGAGGGUCAUGGCAGCCCAGGUGGCGUUACGGAGGCAGCAGGCUCAGGAGGAAGAGCUGGGCAUUUGCAGUCCGGUUAACCUGUCCGGUUCAGACACUCUGGUGAAAAACGAGGCGGCCGGUGAUAAUGUGUUUACUAUCAUCUCAGGGCCGCCAUCACCCACCACCAGCAGUGCUACCGCCUCUCCCACCAACCUAGGGAAUCGUUCCAUGCUGGCUCUAAGUCCUUCGGCGACCAGCAGAGGGCACACUGAGGGCACGUCUGAUCUGAUGGUGGAUGCCUCCUAUUACAACCUCUACCAGCCCACACCAUACUCAUCCUACUAUAGCAACCUGUACAACUACCAGCAAUACCAGAUGCCCAGUGGGAACGGUCGCCUGUCCAGCCAUAACGUGUCCCCCCAGUACCGCACACACUCCUACUAUUCAUCUUACCUGAGUCAGGGGCUUGGCACGGCUGCAUGUGUGCCACCCAGCACCUGCCCCGAACUCAAAGCAGCAGCUUUCUCCGAUGGAGCUCAAGACUCCGUGUCCAUCAGCUCGAUGAUCAACGCUGAGAACAAGCUGGAGUGUGAGAGCAGCUCAGAGUCUGGAGCCUUCUCCGUCGACUGCAUCAUUGAUGGGACAACCAAAUAAAAAACCCUCACCUGCACCAA